AUGGAAGUUUUGUGCAUCUGUGGACAAUGGAUCUCAAAAGAAUAUCUCCAGUGGGAGUUUCUUGUUGAUUUGAAGAGGAAUGCAUCAAUCAUUUCCAUAGAAGAAGAUCUACUGUAUGAAGAUUUGAUGAAGAUUGUCUCUGAAGAUUUUAGUGUUAAAGAGGAAGAAAUCAGUUUGAGUUAUGGUGUUUCUACAGUUCCUCUGAAUGCUCUUCCGGAUUUUACUCCUGUCCAUAUUGGAUUUUUGCAGAGUCUUCUAUAUGAAGGUGUUUCUACAGUUCCUCUGAAUGCUCUUCCGGAUUUUAGCCCUGUCCAUAUUGGACUUUCACCAACCACGAGAGGAGCUGGCGAUAUUAAGGUGAAUAGCUAUUUUAAGACAAAGAGAGAGUUGAUGUUGAGGAUGAAGAAAUGGGCUUUAGAGUGGAAGUUUGAGUACAAGACUGUCUCUUCUAACAAGUCAAGAGUGCUUUUGAGUUGUGUUGAUGAAAAUUGCACGUGGAGGAUGCGUGCUACCAAGCUACCUCUUUCAGAUUUUUUCGUUGUUAAAAACCAACCACAGACAAGCAUCUGCAAAGUUGUUGGGUUCUUUGAUUUGCAGCAAUUAUGGAGAAAAAAGGAAGGUCUCAAACCAAAACAGAUCAUUGAACAGGUCAGGAUGCUGCAUGGUGUUCACAUCAAUUACAAACAAGCUUGGAGAGUGAGAGAAGAAGCUCAGAUUUUGGUUAGAGGGACUCCUGAAGACAUCUAUUACAAUUUGUCUAGGUGGUUGUAUAAAAUCACAGAAACAAACCCUGGUUCCUUGACUUAUCAACAUGUGGAUGCUGCAGGAAAGUUCAAGUAUGCAUUUGUGGCUUUUGGUCCUUCGAUAAGGGGAUUCUCAUUGAUGAGGAGAGUUAUUGCAGUAGAUGGUACAUUUCUGAAGGGAAAAUUCAAUGGGACUUUAUUGGCAGCUUGUGCUCAAGAUAGGAAUUAUCAUCUAUAUCCUCUCGCCUUUGCAGUGGUUGACGCAGAAAAUGGCGCCUCUUGGAAAUGGUUCUUUAGAGGAUCCAUCUGCUCCGCAACAUCACUCCUAUAUGCGAAGACUGGGUUGCUACCUCUGGUGGAAAGCGCUGCUGAUGCCUAUACGUGUCACGAGUUCUGGUUAAUCUUCAAGGACAUAAAGGAUAAAUGUCCUGAAUUGGCUAAGUAUCUGGAAGAUUCUGAUUUUAGGAAGUGGGCACGAAGCUAUGCGCCUGCGAACAUGUAUAAUAUCAUGACUACCAACAUUGCAGAGUCUCUCAAUUCUAUGUUGAGGAUGCCUCGUGAGUUGCCCAUUAUCUCUCUCCUUGAAACUAUCAGAUUGACGAUGACCACUUGUUUUUUUGAGCGACGCGAAGCGGCUGCGAAACAUAAGCACCUGGUUACUCCAAAAGUUGUGCAGAAAUUGGUAUCUAGGUUAAGGGCCGCAAUGUUGUUGAAUGUGUAUCAAGUUGAUCGAAGCGAGUUUGAGGUUUUGAAUGAAACAAUGAAGUUUGUUGUUGACUUGGAGAAGCGGCAUUGCACAUGUAAUGUUUUCGACAUUGACAAGAUCCCCUGCAUCCAUGCCAUCGCUGCUGCUAAGCAUAUCAAGAGAGAUGAAAACCUUUUUGUUGAUGCUUCUCACUUGACAGAAACCUGGGCUAAAGCUUAUGCUGAAAGCAUACAUCCUGGUGGAGAGUUGUCAACGUCCACCUAUCCAGAGAAUAUUGAUGAACUGUCUUGCCCACCUCCAGCUACCAAAAAGAAAAGUGGACGCCCUCCUACAAAGAGAAAGAGAUCCGUUGGCGAGUUUGGGGUUCCUGGAUCUAAAUCUCAGUCCCACAAGUGCAGCAGAUGUGGCACAGGAGGGCACAACAAGAGCACAUGCGAGAGGCCUAUAGGAUGA